AUGGUAGAUUGGGAUUUAGUGUUGAUAUCGAUUAUUGCAGAUGAAGAAGAAAGUGCACAGGCUAAUAAUAGGAAUAGAAGAAGAUUUUGGGUUGAUAAUUUAUGGAAAGAAAGGGAAUCAAAGGGUGAAUUCAAUAAUUUAUUUAAUGACUUAAAAUACGACGUGCAAAAAUUUUAUGACUAUCAUAGAAUGGAUUAUGAGAAAUUUCAAGCACUGUUGAAUAUAUGUCGACCAUAUAUCGAAAAACAGAGGACCAAUUUUCGCAACCCCAUUGAAGCCGAUCAAAGAUUAUCCUUGUGUUUGAGAUUUUUGAUCACGGGAAGUAGCUUCAAGUCUCUAGGUUACAGCUAUCGUAUGGGGUUUAGUACAGUGCGCUCUAUAGUACAUGAAACUUGCCAAGUCAUUUGGAAUGUCCUAAGGCCUAGUGUUAUGCCAAAACCAACAAGGGAAAAAUGGACGCGAAUCGCGAUGGAAUUUGAUGAAAAAUGGAAUUUCCCGAACUGCAUCGGUGCAAUAGAUGGUAAACAUUUUAGGAUAAGGGCACCUCGCAAUAGUGGAAGUCUCUACAUGAACUAUAAAAAGUUUUUUAGUAUCGUGCUACUAGCGGUUGUGGAUGCAAAUUAUAAAUUUGUGAUUGCAGAUGUAGGAUCAUAUGGACGAAAUAGUGAUGGAGGUAUAAUGCAAAACUCAAUAUUUGGAAAAAAAUUGACUUCUAAUGCCCUCGAUAUUCCCCCAAAAAAACGUUUACCGAGGACAGAUCUUGAGUUGCCCUAUGUUUUUAUAGCAGACGAGGCUUUUCCGUUAACCACAAACAUUAUGAGACCAUUUAGUAGCGACCGAUUGACAGAUGAAGCAAUGAAAAUAUACAAUUAUCGUUUGAGUAGAGCCAGGCGUAUCGUCGAAAAUGCAUUUGGUAUACUUCAAGAACGUUUCGAAUUAUGUCAAAAAGGAAUUCAGGUUCAACCAAAAUAUAUUGAUAAUAUCAUUUUAGCAUGUACUUGCUUACACAAUUUCAUCAUAGGUGGUACAAGCACAGAAAGUCAAAGUAUAGCAAGUGUAAGCAUUAAUUUAGAAAACGAUAAUAAUAUGAACAAUGCAUUAGAUGGUACGACAGUACGGGAGAUGUUUAAAGCCACGGAUACACUAGGGGACAAAUGGAGCAACAUGUUGCGGAACAUGUUGCUCAACAACUACGUGGAAUGUGCCGAGAUACAUGUCGCGGAACAUUUUGUCGACCACACUUCUCAGUGUUUAUAGAAAUGUCGCCCGAGGAGGUUGUGGCUAUUAGUGCUGCGUACAUAGUAAUUAUAUCGAGUGUGUUGAAACGUAAGAGAAAGAGAAGGUGGUGGAUGCGGAAUUUCUUAUUACAACGAGAAAGAAGAGUAAAUAUUCUAAGUGAUCUCCGAAUGUCUGACGGAUCGUUUGUGAAUUUUACUCGCAUGUCAUCAUCUGAUUUUGAAACUUUGUUGCAAAUGAUCGCAUCUUCCAUAGCCAAACAGGAUACAAUAUUACGAAACGCUAUUAGUCCUCAUAUCAGACUUGCCAUUACAUUGAGGUACUUGUCGACUGGAGAUUCUUAUGCUUCUUUGUCGUACACUUUUCGAGUGUCAAAACAACUGAUACGUAAAAUAGUACCAGAAGUUUGUAAAGAACUGAUAAAUAAAUUGAAGAUAUGUGUAAAGGUCCCAGCUACUGCAAAUGAAUGGAAAGCCAAGGCUAGAAGCUUUGAAAAUAUAUGGAAUUUUCCGCAUUGCGUUGGAUCUAUAGACGGUAAACACGUUUUGAUCCAAGCUCCUUCGAAUUCUGGAAGCGACUAUUUUAACUAUAAAGAACAAUUUAGUAUUGUCCUAUUGGGUAUUGUCGAUGCAAAUUACAAUUUUAUCUAUGCAAAUUGUGGUGCUAAAGGAAAAUCUUCUGACAGUGGAGUAUUCCAAGAGACUGCUUUUUAUAAAGCUUUGGCUGAUAACCAACUCAACUGGCCGACUCCAGACCCAAUACGACAAGAUGGGCCGAAUAUGCCUUACGUACUUGUAGGAGACAGCGCCUUUGCACUGACAGAAAACAUGAUGAAGCCAUAUCCCGGUAAUCAUGACGUGGGUACAACAAGACGCAUUUUCAACUAUCGACUGUCAAGAGCUAGAAGAAUUGUCGAAAAUGUGUUCGGUAUCUUAGGUGUUGUAUUUCGUAUAUUCCGAACUCCCAUAACCAUCCUACCCUGUAAUGCUGAACUUGUUGUAAUGGCGUGCAUAUACCUCCAUAAUUUUUUAAGGCGAAAUAGUCAAUCGAGAUCACUGUACAACCCACAUGGAACUUUUGAUUCUGAAAAUGUGGAUCACGAUAUUUUAGAAGGAUCUUGGCGCAGAGAAGCUGGCUCUGUUAAUAUGUCGAAUUUAAAUGCUAUGGGACGACGCUACCCUGAAUCUGCUAUGGAAAUAAGAAACAAAUUUGCUGAAUAUUUCAUGAGUGAAGAAGGACGUGUUCCCUGGCAGAAUAAUUUUUAAAUGAAUAAACUAGUAUUGUACUAUA